UCUGGACAAGAGAGGAGGACUUUUACUUAGUUGAAGAUUUAGGGUUCGUGUCCAUGUGCAGCAUGAGAGAGCUGGUGAUAUUAGCAGCUUUGGUCUCGGCUCUACACGCGGCCAGCCUCCCGACAGACACUGAUGUGGUAUACAAGUGCCAAGAAGAUCAGGACAACAUUGCUAUAUUAGCAGCCGAGCGGUUCAUUAAUGACCAUCACCACCAUGGAUACAAAUUCAAAUUUGUCUCACUGGACAGUCGCAGAGCAGAUGAGAAGACUGAUCUUUGUGAGGUCAUCUUGGGAAUAACUCUAGAGGAAACUGAAUGCCACAUUGUGAAUCCCAAACCUUUAGAUCAGUGUACCACUAGAAUGGAAGCAGAGACGAAAGUGACAGCAAAAUGUAAUGUGACCGUGUUAAGUUUUGAGGGAAAAGCAGUUGUGGCAUGCUACAUCUGUGACACCAAACCAGAUUCAUAUGAAAUACUUAUGACAAAAUGCCCUGACUGCCCCAGUCUACUGCCAUUGAAUGACCCGAAGGCUCUGGAGAGUGUGAAAACUGCCCUGCAGAAAUUCAACAAAGAAUCGAAUCACAAGUCUUACUUUAAACUGUUGGAAGUGGGAAGGAUCAGCACACAGUGGAUGUUUUCAGGUCAAGGCUUCUUUGUGCAGUUCGCCAUUACGGAGACAAACUGUCCGAAAAGGGUGGCAUACCGGAAACAAAAAGCAUGCAAGGCUUUGUGUGGAGUUAAAGCUCGGUAUGGGUUCUGUAAGUCCUUCAAGGUUGGAAAUGAAGAACCAGAAGUGGAAUGUGAGAUUUACAAAGCUCAGAACAUAGCUCAUCCAAUGAAACACCCUGCUCAGUCAAGAAAAGACUGUAAAUUCCAUGGCUUCCCACCCCCCCACUAUCCAGGACAUAACCUGCCUCACCCGGAACAUGCAAGCCAUGAGGACAAGGGCGGGGACAAAAGGCCUAACCGAGGGGGCCGUCCAGGACACGCAAGCCAUGAAGACAAGGGCAAGGACAAAAGGCCUGACCAAGAGGACCAUCCACAACAAGCAAGCCAUGAGGACAAGGGCAGGGACAAAAGGCCUGACCGAGGGGGCCGUCCAGAGCAUGUAAGCCACGAGGACAAGGGCAGGGACAAAAGGCCUGACCGAGGGGGCCAUCCAGAGCAUGGCAGGGACAAAAGCCCUGACCGAGGGGGCCGUCCAGAACAUGGAAGCCAUGAGGACAAGGGCAGAGACAAAAGGCCUGACCAAUUAGGCCGUCCAGAACACACAAGCCAUGAGGACAAGGGCAGGGACAAAAGGCCUCACCAAUUGGGCCGUCCAGAAAACGCAAGCCAUGAGGACAAGGGAAGGGACAAACGGCCUGACCGAGGGGGCCGCCCAGAACACGCAAGCCAUGAGGACAAGGGCAGGGACAAAAGGCCUCACCAAUUGGGCCGUCCAGAAAACGCAAGCCAUGAGGACAAGGGAAGGGACAAACGGCCUGACCGAGGGGGCCGCCCAGAACACGCAAGCCAUGAGGACAAGGGCAGGGACAAAAGGCCUCACCAAUUGGGCCGUCCAGAAAACGCAAGCCAUGAGGACAAGGGAAGGGACAAACGGCCUGACCGAGGGGGCCGCCCAGAACACGCAAGCCAUGAGGACAAGGGCAGGGACAAAAGGCCUCACCAAUUGGGCCGUCCAGAAAACGCAAGCCAUGAGGACAAGGGAAGGGACAAACGGCCUGACCGAGGGGGCCGCCCAGAACACGCAAGCCAUGAGGACAAGGGCAGGGACAAAAGGCCUCACCAAUUGGGCCGUCCAGAAAACGCAAGCCAUGAGGACAAGGGAAGGGACAAACGGCCUGACCGAGGGGGCCGCCCAGAACACGCAAGCCAUGAGGACAAGGGCAGGGACAAAAGGCCUCACCAAUUGGGCCGUCCAGAAAACGCAAGCCAUGAGGACAAGGGAAGGGACAAACGGCCUGACCGAGGGGGCCGCCCAGAACACGCAAGCCAUGAGGACAAGGGCAGGGACAAAAGGCCUCACCAAUUGGGCCGUCCAGAAAACGCAAGCCAUGAGGACAAGGGAAGGGACAAACGGCCUGACCGAGGGGGCCGCCCAGAACACGCAAGCCAUGAGGACAAGGGCAGGGACAAAAGGCCUCACCAAUUGGGCCGUCCAGAAAACGCAAGCCAUGAGGACAAGGGAAGGGACAAACGGCCUGACCGAGGGGGCCGCCCAGAACACGCAAGCCAUGAGGACAAGGGCAGGGACAAAAGGCCUCACCAAUUGGGCCGUCCAGAAAACGCAAGCCAUGAGGACAAGGGAAGGGACAAACGGCCUGACCGAGGGGGCCGCCCAGAACACGCAAGCCAUGAGGACAAGGGCAGGGACAAAAGGCCUCACCAAUUGGGCCGUCCAGAAAACGCAAGCCAUGAGGACAAGGGAAGGGACAAACGGCCUGACCGAGGGGGCCGCCCAGAACACGCAAGCCAUGAGGACAAGGGCAGGGACAAAAGGCCUCACCAAUUGGGCCGUCCAGAAAACGCAAGCCAUGAGGACAAGGGAAGGGACAAACGGCCUGACCGAGGGGGCCGCCCAGAACACGCAAGCCAUGAGGACAAGGGCAGGGACAAAAGGCCUCACCAAUUGGGCCGUCCAGAAAACGCAAGCCAUGAGGACAAGGGAAGGGACAAACGGCCUGACCGAGGGGGCCGCCCAGAACACGCAAGCCAUGAGGACAAGGGCAGGGACAAAAGGCCUCACCAAUUGGGCCGUCCAGAAAACGCAAGCCAUGAGGACAAGGGAAGGGACAAACGGCCUGACCGAGGGGGCCGCCCAGAACACGCAAGCCAUGAGGACAAGGGCAGGGACAAAAGGCCUCACCAAUUGGGCCGUCCAGAAAACGCAAGCCAUGAGGACAAGGGAAGGGACAAACGGCCUGACCGAGGGGGCCGCCCAGAACACGCAAGCCAUGAGGACAAGGGCAGGGACAAAAGGCCUCACCAAUUGGGCCGUCCAGAAAACGCAAGCCAUGAGGACAAGGGAAGGGACAAACGGCCUGACCGAGGGGGCCGCCCAGAACACGCAAGCCAUGAGGACAAGGGCAGGGACAAAAGGCCUCACCAAUUGGGCCGUCCAGAAAACGCAAGCCAUGAGGACAAGGGAAGGGACAAACGGCCUGACCGAGGGGGCCGCCCAGAACACGCAAGCCAUGAGGACAAGGGCAGGGACAAAAGGCCUCACCAAUUGGGCCGUCCAGAAAACGCAAGCCAUGAGGACAAGGGAAGGGACAAACGGCCUGACCGAGGGGGCCGUCCAGAACACACAAGCCAUGAGGACAAGGGCAGGGACAAAAGGCCUGACCAAUUGGGCCGUCCAGAACACGCAAGCCAUGAGGACAAGGGAAGGGACAAACGGCCUGACCGAGGGGGCCGUCCAGAACACGCAAGCCAUGAGGAGAAGGGCAGGGACAAAAGGCCUGACCGAGGGGGCCGCCCAGAACAAGCAAGCCAUGAGGACAAGGGCAGGGACAAGAGGCCUGACCGAGGGGGCCGUCCAGAACAUGGAAGCCAUGAGGAUAAGGGCAGAGACAAAAGGCCUGACCGAGGGGGCCGUCCAGAACACGGAAGCCAUGAGGACAAGGGCAGGGACAAAAGGCCUGACCGAGGGGGCCGGCCAGAGCAUGUAAGCCACGAGGACAAGGGCAGGGACAAAAGGCCUGACCGAGGGGGCCGUCCAGAAGAUGGAAGCCAUGAGGACAAGGGCAGAGACAAAAGGCCUGACCAAGGGGGCCGCCCAGAACAAUCAAGCCAUGAGGAGAAGGGCAGAGACAAAAGGCCUGACAAAGGGAGCCGUCCAGAACAUGCAAACAAUGAGGAGAAGGGCAGAUGGUUAGGUGGUAGGGGGUGGGGCGACAAAAUGCCUGACCGAGGGGGCCGUCCGGAACACGCAAGCCAUGAAGACAAGGGCAGGAACAAAAGACCUGACCGAGGGGGCCGUCCAGAACAUGCAAGCCAUGAUAACAAGGGCAGGGACAAAAGGCCUGAUCGAGGGGGCCGUCCGGAACACGCAAGCCAUGAAGACAAGGGCUGGAACAAAAGGCCUGACCGAGGGGGCCGCCCAGAGAAUGGAAGCCAUGAAGACAAGGGCAGGGACAAAAGGCCUGAGGGCCGCCCUGAGUUCCCCUACCGUGGCUUUGUAAAAAUACCCACCUCUAUUUAUCCUAUCUGUCCCUUCCUUCCACCAUGUCUCUGCCAGGGCCCUUCAGACCAUGUACCCCCUCCUCCUCCCCCUCCUCCUACUCAGUAA